AUGGAAUAUUGUCCGAAGGGACCACUCAAGGGAGUGAUCCUUGAUCCAACAAUUACAUAUUCAAUGAACACUGUCCUCACAUGGGGAAUCCAACUAUUUGAUGCCAUUGAUCACAUGUAUCAGAAACAAAAAUUGCUACAUCGAGGUAUCAAACCAGACAACAUUUUUGUGACCAAUGAUUACAAGCUGAAGAUUGGUGACUUCGGAUUGGUAAAAUUAGUGGAAGAUGGAACUGUUACGGGAACGUUUAUUGGAACACCACGAUAUAUGAGUCCACCUGAUAUGAAGGAGGAUGGGGUACAACGGGAUGUUUAUGAACAAUUAAAGGAGGCUGAUGUAUCGAACUCCCAUCGAAAUGAUGUCUACAGUCUGGGACUUGUUAUGUGGGAAAUGGUCGAGAGGAGACGGGUCUUCUCUCAGCCGAUUGCGGGUGAUGCUUUGUGGCUUCUUCGAAGGAUCGCAAAGGACGAUCCUUUCAUCUCAACAUUAUCUUUUUUACCAAAAGAAAACAAACAACAAAAGUCUCUGAUUAGACCGAUUGGUUUUAAUGGGGAGAUAGAUGAGAUUGUCGUCGUUUAUCAUCGAGAGGGAAAAGAAAUCUUUCAACUCUCCGACGCCACUUUAACGAAUAACGAGAGCAUUCGAGCGAUCGCAAAACUUGAAGAGUUUGAUAGAUCAAUUACAAUAGGUCGUGGCGGUUAUGGGACAGCGUAUUUGCAUAUUACAAAAAAUGGACAGCAGACGGUCAUCAAAGCCAUCGGGUGCCAAGAUCUUCCCAACCGAAAAGAUCGCCAAAAAGAAUACGAGAUACUAGCGAUGUUGAGGCAUCAGAAUGUCAUCGAACAUCACAAAACGUGGGCGCUUAGCGAGAAGGAAAUUGGAAUCGAAAUGGAAUAUUGUGAUCGAGGAACGCUAAAAGAUGUGGUACUCAACCCAAAAAUCGUUUAUUCAAUGGGACAAGUGAUCGUUUGGGCCAGGGGCAUUUUUGGGGCCCUUCACUAUAUCUUCAGGAAACAUAGAGUGAUUCAUCGGGACAUCAAACCGGAAAACAUUUUUGUGAACAAUACCUUCGACCCAAAACUUGGAGAUUUUGGGAUAGCGCGAGAAGUCGAUGAGACUCUCACCGCAACAAAAAUCGGAACGCAGCGAUACAUGAAUCCAGACGUAAAUAAUCUUUCCAAGGCAUCUCAUCGAAACGACGUUUAUUCGAUGGGGCUCGUGUUGUGGGAGAUUAUUGAGAGAAGCACCGUGUUCAUCGAGUACGGCAAGAAAUUUGAGCGAGACCAAUUCAUAAUCGAUAUUUCCAAUGGCAAACUGACUGAAUUAAUCCAACCCGAAUCUCCGCGGCCAAUUCAAGAGAUCGUGAAAAAAUGCACCGUUUUCGAUUCUCGAAAAAGACCUAUUGCCGGAGAGAUUGUCGAGCAGCUGAAGCAAUUGGAUGAGAGAGGAUUUGUCCCGACAAUGAUAGAAGAAGACGAGCAAACGAUUAGUCCGCUGGCCGAGAAACGGGAACCCGUGCUCAACGAUUUCCCUGAAGCGCUUCGUCACUUUCAACUCGAGCAAACGAUUGCUGACAUCUCAGCAAGCGAACUGGUCGACUUCACGAUCAAGAUCUACAUCAGUGCUGAGGUGGCAAGGAGAGAAUUCGCGAAAGGAUUCGACAAUUUCUCUAUA